GUCCACAGGAGUUUUCCCAUCGACGAGUAGAGGCGCAGCCCGACCGAGGUUGCGCGUCAUUGUUCAAGAUGGCUGAGUUCGUUGUACACAAGUUUGGCGGCACGUCCGUGGGAAGUGCCACUGCCAUCAAGGCCGUACAGAAUAUUGUGGCAAACGUCACGAAUGACAGAAUUGCCGUUGUCGUGAGCGCCAUGGGCGGCAAACCGAAAGUGACCGACCUGCUCAUCUCGCUCGUUGAACUCGCCAAAACGCGUCAACAGGACGUUAUUUCGUCGAUCAUCGACAGCAUUCUCUGCAAGCACGACGAGGCCAUGGCGGCGCUGUUACCACACGAUGUGGCCGCGCCUAUCCUGGACAGUAUACGCGCCGACUUGAAAACGCUGGAAGACUUGCUCCGCGCCAUCUCAAUCAUGCGUUCGUACAACGAAAAUGUCACGGAGCUCGUCAGUGGACACGGUGAGCUGUGGUCGGCGCGGAUUCUCACGGCGGUGCUGAACCAGCACAUGAUUCAGAACGGAAAGACCGAACGGUUUGCCUUUGUCGAUGCACGCGAGGUGCUGGUUGUCGAACCAGACGACAACCAUGGACCGGUCGUGCAAUACGACGAAACGAAACAGCGCUUAUCCGCGCACAUGGACAAGCUCGGCAACCAUACGCACCUGGUGAUCACAGGAUUCAUUUGCUCGACCACAGACGGCGUUGUGACGACGCUCAAGCGCGACGGAAGCGACUUUUCUGCGUCGAUAUUUGGCCGUGUGUUGAACGCUGCGGCGAUCACGAUCUGGACCGAUGUCUCCGGUGUGUACAGCGCUGAUCCGCGUCGCGUGCCCGAGGCGCAAAUCCUACCCCAUGUUUCGUACCAAGAAGCGAUGGAGCUGGCGUACUUUGGCGCGAAAGUAAUCCACCCCAAGACGAUGGCACCUGCGAUUUCGCAAAGCAUUCCCAUCUUCAUUCGCAACACGUUCGACGCGGCGCAUCCAGGCACGCGCAUCUACCAUCGCCGCGCACUCACGCGGUCCAUGUCCGGGUCCCUCGCGGAAGCCAAGACGAUCGUGAGUGGGUUUUCGACCGUCGACGACAUGGCACUGUUCAAUCUCGAAGGAAGCGGCAUGGUCGGCGUGCAUGGUGUGGCCUCUCGUCUCUUCAGCGCGCUGGAUCGCAUUAAAGUAAACGUGGUGCUGAUCGCCCAAGCUAGCUCGGAACAUUCCAUUUGCUUUGCCAUUCCAGCCAUCCAUGCGCCCGACGCCAAGGAAGCCAUAGAAGCAGCCUUUUUCAAAGAGCUCCACCACGACCUCAUCGACGAGGUCACGUUCGUUGCACCAGCCACCAUUAUCGCGGCCGUGGGCGACAACAUGUCGGAAACCCCAGGGGUGUGCGCGCGGUUCUUUGGCGCGCUGGGUCGCGCCAAGAUCAACGUCCUCGCAAUUUCGCAGGGCUCGUCCGAGCGUAACAUUUCUGCGGUGGUUCGGUAUGAAGACUCGGGCGCAGCAUUGCGUGCGGUGCACGCGGCGUUCUUCAUGGCCGACCAUGCCGUAAGUGUUGGUGUCCUGUCCAGCCCUGUGUCCACGGCUGUCGGGCUCGCGCUGCAGUCGCAGUUGUUCGGUCAAUCGCGCAAUCUCGUCGACCGAUUCAACGUCGACCUGCGACUGUGUGCCAUGGCGUCCAUCACGACCCCAGAAUUCGUGGACGUGCGGAGCCACGCGACUGGGUUUGAUGCGGCAUCGCUCGCCAACUGCGCCGUGGUAUCGACACCGACGACCGAAUUCCACCAACGCAUUCAAGUGGAGCAUAUUCCCCACUCGGUCAUCGUCGAUCUGUCGAAUGACUUGGCCAUGCUGGCGCAGUACCCAACGUGGCUUGCCGCUAACUGCCACAUCGUGAGUGCUAACUUGCAUGUCGCCAACAUGCCAUCGUCGUGGCAGCAGCGAGUGGCGGCAAUUCAGUCGCUGAACAAGGUGACGCUGGAUUUGAACGCAAGUUUGGGGAUGGCGGUGCCCGUGCUGUCGACGAUUCAAAACCUGCUCCAGACGGGCGACGCCGUCGAACGGGUCGAAUCGUCGUGGAGCUCGCUCUUCAAUGCAGUCGUGGCCAAGCUCCAAUCCUCGUCGAGCCCAGAUGACAGCCACGUCGAUGCCGUCCUGAAGCAGUACGCUGGGCUAUCCCCCCAAGACAUGGUCGAGGACCUCACCGGCCUUCGGGCAACGAAGAAGAUGGUGCUCGUGGCGCGGGAACUUGGUCUCAAUGAAGAUGUGAAUGCUGCCAAGAUGGCGUCGCCUUUUCUGAUGCCGCCCUCCAAUGCGUGGAAGUCGUGGACAGUGGCCGAUGUCAAGGCGUAUAUUCUAUCGCAAGUCGGCGCCUUGCGCCCUUUUCUGGUACAAGGGUCCAACACAAGGCUAGUGACGACCCUGAAUGCUGACGCGGGGGGGAUCUCCACCGCUGUGCAAUCCCUUGCGACGCCGCACCCCUUUGCUGGGCUCAUGGCCGACCAAUGCGCGUUAGCAUUCUACACGAGCCGGCACCAGCCGCAUCCGCUCGUCAUCGGUGGGUCGUCAUUUGUAUCGGACGAAAGCCAAAGUUUGCUGGCCAGCACAGUCUUUGGUAGCGUGUUGAAGCUCGCGCGUAGCUUGUGACUCGGUUUGCAACACACUUGAACAGAUAGCUCGACAUUUUCCUUUAAUGGCUUGUGCUGUCGUCAAAUGCGCCGGCUUUUCGAAUAUCAAACAGACCAAAGUCCUUGCCGC